GCUUGGACGAAGUCUGCUGCCUCAGAUUUUCAGCCACUUGCUCAACCUUUUGGAGAUUUCGGCAUUACAGGCAGCGCUUCAUAGACCAGAUCGUCGCGGAAGAAAGCAUCCAGUUCAAAUUAGCCUAUCACGUCCUUGAAGGCAACGCGGAGGGAAUCUCGCUGUUACUUCCCCGUGGUGAACAGAUCGUCAAGUCUUACUUUGCACCCAUCGACCUUUCACUCGUGCUGCCAACCACGGACACUUGGGGGGAGGAUACCGUCCUCAAAGUAGUCCCCGAGAUGCCAUUGCGGGGUGACUACCAGCUGAUAUCGCCUCUCCUGUGCGGAAGGAGGACGGGCAUGAGGAUGUGGACUCUGUUACAUUUUGCAGCUAUCCUGGGUCAAGCCUCACUCGUUGACAACCUGCUCGAGUAUGGAGCGCAAGCCGACUGUCCUGCGCGCGUUCCGGGUCUUUUGCCUACGCUGCCAGCCCCGAGAAACUGCACCGGGUCCUGGGAAUGGACACCGCUGGACCUGGCCGUUUUGGCUUCGGCGAUAUACGCCAAAAAGGAUCUCAGCAAAUCAAUGUCUGCUAUCGACACAUUCAAGAAGCUUUUCAAGCAACCACACCUCAACAAAGACGCUGUCGUUAAAGCCUUUAUGGUGGCAAUCUGGUUACGUGUGUUUCCGAUCGUCGAGGUGAUCCUCGCGUCAGAAAGUGUGGACGUGAAAACCACAAAGGUCAACAAUCUGCCGUCGUUAUGGUAUUGCGCUCUGGGUCCCAGAGAAGGUGCUGUCGAAAUGAUCGCACUGCUCCUUCGCCAUGGUGCCGAUCUCGAGGAAACAUGGCAAAAUGGCUGCAAUGUUCUACAUACAGCCGUCAUUCACGGCCGUUUCGAACUGGCUAUUCAUAUUGCACCACAAAUGGAGAAGAGCAUUGACAAGGAAUGGGAAAUGCGUUCAGCUCUUUGCUACGCCUGCAAGUCGAGUUUGGAUGGCGAUGCAUCCGAUCCUCCAGAAUUCCGACAGGACUUCAUCCGAAAGGCCGUCGACUUAGGGGCAGUCCCUACCAGGAACAAAAACGACGUCUCCCCAAUCAAUGACGCCGCAAGCUGCGGCUUGUAUGAGGUGGUGGCUCAACUGUUGGCUGCGAAAGUUUCUCCCUUGGAGGAAACUAAUGGUUUCAUACCAAUGACCUCAGCGCUAAUUUACUGCCGUCAACCCACCCCCUUGGUCAAAACCCUGAAAGUUCUUCUUGGAGCUGACAGGCAUAUUGAGUUCGCUUUCAACGCCCUGGCACAGUUCUGUGGAGACUUAAAGAGGGACGAAGCUGUCGUACUUGCGGUCCUGCAAGCUUUUAUUGAAGCUGGGACCCGGGUCCAACCUUUACAUUGUCUUAUCUCCACGCCGUCUCCAUACAUAAGAGCGUUCGAAACGGAAAAGUAUAAGGUGUGCAACUGGCUUGAGUCUCGCGGUGCCGGAACCUCUUGGCAAUUGCUCUUUAGGAUCGUUCAGUCCCAGCUUGCACUCCGAGUACAUCGGACUGGAUCAAUCGAGUUCCUGCUUGACCGAAUGUCAACUGAUGAUCCGGUGCUAGAGUCUGCUCAUUACAUACAGGCGUCGCAAUUCCCGGAUUCACCACUUCUUUACGAGCUGCUUAGUCGAUGGCCACAUCUAUGUCUCAAUGUCGUCGACGAUAAAUCACUCGAGACCUGCUUCAUCAACGUCAUUACACUGCCAUCGCAAGGAGCUAUCCCCAGCCCUUCUACUCGACGCCUUGUCAUGGAGAAGUUGAUAAAGUGCUCCAAUAUCAACGAAUCCGCACUCUUCCCCCAGCUUCCCUACAUGGCCAUCUGUCAUCACCAAUGGGAGAUCUUCAAUGCAUUAGUUCUUGGCGAUGCUAAGAUUGGAAUGCUCGAAGCCAGAUACCUCGUCCAGAGUUCUUAUAGAUGCAACGUGCCCCCUUUGAGAAUGAUCUUGCCUUUCAUCGGCCAGGGCGAUCGCGUUGAACUCCUUCACACAGCCUGCACAUUCCCAAGCCCGCUAGCAAUCCAUAGCUUGCUGGAAGAGGGUGUAGGAGUUCUGGAAACGAGUCGAGGAGGUCUCACACCAGUCAUGACGCUUGUCGACACCUUGGUGACAACGCUCGUGCAUGCACCACAGAAGCCUUUCUGGAACACAUUCCGCCAAUUAUAUCACUCGCUAGAGCUGCUGGUCGAGUACGGGGGUGUGAAGGCCGCUGAGCAGUCGACUCUCCGAGUGAAACUUAGCCAGCCUGCAUGGCAGGAGGUUUUCCUACGUUGCAAUUGCAGGGGCACGGCUUCACAAAUUGCGGACGAUUUAUUCGAGCGCAAUGGACGAAAGUCAAGCACAGCAAUCGGGAAGAUACUAUCAGAUUGUAAGUCCAGAGGUCGUCCCUCAGUUACUGCCUAGCGAGCUAUGUAGGAUGCGCGGGUCAAUGUAUGUAGUGUCCAAGGAGGGGUCCGUUGGCCUCGCUGUAUCUUCCAAUGCAAAGUCAACGAGUCUGUCCGCAUCUUGUGGCCCCGCUCCAUGUUCAUCAUCCCCAUGCUUCUCGUCGUAGCGUCUAAGCUCCUCUCUGGCAUCGGAGGCGGGUUUGGGCAUGAGUGUUUGACAUCAGGGCGGUUGAGGCGCUGAAUGGGCGAGGUAUGAAGCGGA